AUGGCCGCCCUACCAAGCUCGAUAUUCCGCUGGGUCGUCCCCGGCGCCGUCGCCUUCUCUCUCGCACAGUCGUCCAUCUACGACGUCAAGGGUGGCACGCGCGCCGUCAUCUUCGACCGCCUGUCCGGAGUGAAGGAGCAGGUCGUCAACGAGGGCACACAUUUCCUGGUCCCCUGGCUGCAGCGCGCCAUUGUCUUCGAUGUCCGCACACGGCCGAGGAACAUCAGCACCACCACCGGAUCCAAGGACCUGCAGAUGGUUACCCUGACGCUGAGGGUGCUGCAUCGCCCGGAGGUCAAGCAGCUGCCUAAGAUCUACCAGAACCUCGGUCAAGACUACGACGAGCGCGUCCUGCCCUCGAUCGGUAAUGAGGUCCUCAAAGCCAUCGUCGCGCAGUUCGACGCCGCCGAGCUCAUCACCCAGCGUGAAGCCGUCUCCAACAGGAUCCGCGCCGACCUGCUCAAGCGCGCCAACGAGUUCAACAUUGCCCUCGAGGACGUUUCCAUCACACACAUGACCUUCGGCAAGGAGUUCACCAAGGCCGUCGAGGAGAAGCAGAUUGCCCAGCAGGAGGCCGAGCGCGCGCGCUUCAUCGUCGAGAAGGCCGAGCAGGAGAGGCAGGCCAACGUUAUCCGGGCUGAGGGUGAGGCCGAGGCCGCCGACACCAUUUCCAAGGCGGUUGCGAAGAGCGGUGAUGGCCUGAUCAUGAUCCGAAGAAUCGAGACACAGAAGGACAUUGCGCAGAUGCUGGCCAGGAAUCCCAACGUCUCGUACCUGCCUGGUGGCGGUGCGGGGGCUGACGGCGGCAAGACAGGCGGCAGCUUCUUGCUUGGCCUGAGGGGAUAG